AUGUCUGGUCAUUGUUGCGAGUGCUUCUUAAUAUCCUUGGCUAUCAAUUUACCUGAUUUGGCGACUGUGACUAAAAUGGACGAAGCAUUAUGCGUCAUCUUUAAUUUCAUAUUUGUUAGAAACAAGGUCAAAAUAGUGACAGAUGGUGCUAUGCCUCCACUGGUGGAGCUCCUCAAGAUGCAAAAUAAUGGUAUAAGAGAAUUAGCUACAGCUGCAGUCUUGACACUCUCAGCUGCUGCAUCCAACAAACCCAUUAUUGCUGCUUCUGGAGCCGCACCUUUCCUUGUUCAGAUUCUCAAAUCUGGAAGUGUUCAAGGCAAAGUUGAUGCUGUUACAGCUCUCCAUAAUCUUUCUACCAGCAUUGAGAAUUCCAUUGAACUUCUUGAUCCAAGUGCUGUUUUCCCUCUGAUCAAUCUUCUUAAAGAGUGCAAGAAGUAUUCCAAGUUUGCAGAAAAAGCCACAGCACUGCUUGAAAUCCUUUCCAACUCCGAAGAAGGGCGAAUUGCAAUCUCAAUUGCAGAUGGUGGAAUCUUAACUCUAGUAGAGACAGUUGAAGACGGAUCACUUGUCAGCACAGAACAUGCUGUAGGAACUCUGCUAACAUUAUGUCGAAGCAGCCGAGAUAAAUACAGGGAACUGAUUCUUAAAGAAGGAGCGAUUCCGGGUCUUUUACGUCUGACCGUGGAGGGCACGGCUGAAGCUCAAGAUAGAGCACGUGCGCUUCUGGAUUUGCUCAGAGAUUCUCCCUCAGAAAAGAGACUAACCUCAUCAGUUUUGGAGAAAAUUGUUUAUGACAUUGCUGAACGGGUAGAUGGUGCAGAUAAAGCUGCUGAAACUGCCAAACGGUUGUUGCAAGAUAUGGUUCAGAGGAGUAUGGAACACAGCAUGAAAUGCAUCCAGCAUAGGGCUGCAUCUUGCACACCUUCUAUUCCUUCCACUUGA